GUGGUCCAGAAAAACAGAAAACUGUGCUCCUCUUGCUGGACGAUGAACACCUGGACAAUUCUCUACAGGACACCAGAGAAAUAUAAGAGCAAAAUAUACAUGCCAAAUUCACUGUGGUCAUUAUCAUACAUUGCAAGGUCAGCCUUGGUGAAAAUGCUGAUGGGAAGACUAAUGAGGAAGAAAUGACCAGAACCAAGGUGACCCUCGGAACUCCGUCACACUCAGAGAAAGUCAGCCUUGAGAACAAAGAAUGCGAAUGUACCACGAACAGAAUCUAA